UUGUAGUGAAAGUGCUAUCCCGGUUGUACAGAUACACAAACAGAACGCGCACUUCUCUGGUGCCCGUGGUAGACGAGGCUAAAUGCUAACCAGGAUUCUGUGGCUCAGGGCGGAUCUGAUUGAUAUUUAAACGGGCGAAUAUUGCAGUGUAUCCUCUGGUACCAUGAUGAUAGCAACAUGUCCUUCAAAGAUUUGAGAAGAAAACCCACCUCUGGAUUGCCUUGUGUACUCACCUGCAAGUGGAAGAUGAUUUUUGAUUAAUCGCUGUACUUCAAAGACACAGAAUGUUGAAGAUUCCAUUUGAAGAUGAGAAACCUGACUUCCAUACAAACCAGAAGGUUUGUCCUGGUCCAUCAGAACCAUUUGUUCUGUCAGGUACCAUUCAAGUACCAUAUACCAUUAACAGAUACCUACGAGACUACCAGAGAGAGGGGGUUAAGUUUAUCUAUGACAGCUACUUGAAGUCCAGAGGCUGCAUCCUGGGUGAUGACAUGGGUCUAGGAAAGACCAUACAGGUUAUUAGCUGCUUGGCUGCAAUUUUGCAGAAAACAGGGACAUGGCAGGAUGUUGAAAAUAACAGGCCAGAGUUUUUGCAGUCACAGGUGCCAUCAAAACUAUCCAAAGUUAAGAAGGUUUUUCUGAUUGUGGCUCCUCUGUCUGUGCUCUACAACUGGAAAGAUGAGCUGGACACAUGGGGCUAUUUCAAAACGGUGGUUGUCCAUGGCGUAAGAAAGGAGGAGGAAUUGGCCCGGGUCAACAGAGGAAGGUGUGAGAUCGUCCUGACAACAUACGAGACACUGAGACUCUGUCUAGAUGAGUUUAACAGUCAUGAGUGGGCCGCUGUCAUCGUGGAUGAAGUUCACAAGCUAAAGAAUUACAAAUCUCAGAUCACUCAGGCAAUGAAAGCCCUGAAAUGCAAAGUACGUAUUGGACUGUCUGGUACAAUCUUGCAAAACAACCUGGAGGAACUCUGGUGUGUCAUGGAUUGGGCCAACCCAAGAUGCCUUGGGCCACUGGGUAGUUUUAAGACUAGGUUCUCAGACCCUAUUGAGCAGGGCCAGAAACACAGUGCAACCAAGAGAGCACUGGCUGAGGGCCGAAAGGCUGUCCAGGCUCUGGCCAGAAUUCUGUGUCGCUGGCUCCUCAGGAGAACCAAAACACUCAUUAGUGACCAGUUACCAAAGAAAGAUGACAGGGUAGUGUACUGUUCCAUGACAGAUUUCCAGCAGGCAGUAUACCGUGCUGUUCUGGACACAGAUGAUGUAAGGUUGCUGUUACAGAGCUCUGAGAAGUGUCCAUGCAGCAGUGGACGCUCCAGGAGGAAAUGCUGCUACAAGCUCGGUUCAGACGGUGUCCCUGUCAGACACAUGUACUUCACUUAUCUGGCUAUACUGAGGAAGGUCGCCAAUCAUGUAGCCCUGCUGCAGUCUAAAGAAGGAACCAGUGAAAAACAGGAGAAAUGUGUCACUGCUAUCUGCACGCAAGUCUUCAAGAAGUUUCCAGACUUUUCAGAAAGAUGCAAGCAGGCAGCAUUUGAGGCCAUGUCAGACCCCAUCUACAGUGGAAAAAUGAAGGUGCUGCAAAAACUGCUUAAUCACUUCAUCACAAGGAAAGACAAAGUACUCCUUUUUUCACUUUCCACAAAGCUUUUGGAUGUUUUGGAGAACUAUUGCAUGGCUGAUGGUCUGGAGUACUGCAGGCUGGAUGGAAACACCAAGGCUAAAGAUCGCAUUCACAUUGUCAAGGAAUUCAACAGCACCAAUGAUAUUAACAUUUGCCUUGUGUCUACCAUGGCUGGUGGUGUCGGACUCAAUUUUGUUGGGGCUAAUGUUGUUGUCCUGUUUGAUCCAACGUGGAAUCCAGCAAAUGACCUUCAGGCCAUAGACAGGGCAUAUCGCAUUGGGCAAUGUAAGGAUGUGAAGGUUUUUAGACUCAUCUCUCUGGGCACAGUAGAGGAGAUCAUCUAUCUGCGUCAGAUUUACAAACAGCAGUUGCAGUCCUCAGUGAUUGGAAAUGAAAAUGCAAGACGCUACUUCGAGGCAGUACAAGGAGUAGAUGGCCAAACAGGAGAGUUAUUUGGAAUCAGGAACCUUUUUCACUUCCAGAUCGAUGGAACAUGUCUUUCACGCCGCAUCCUGGAGAGGGAGGGCCAGGUUGAGCUGGGGAUCAUGACAGCCAACACACAGGCAACGGAUGAGAGGGUGCAAAAGCUGCAGGGUCCUGUGUGUGUAUCAGCAGUUACCUGUCUACAGCAGGAAAAUGGACCAGGCUCAGCAUGUGGUGCCCGGUUACCCUUUAAUGCUGACGUUCUGGACGUUAGCAGCACUAGCGAGGAUGAGGAUCCGUGUGGUUCCAGAUCAAAGGCCACAUACCCAAAUGCAGGAGGGGAGUUUGGACCCAGCACCAGCUCUGCUGCAAAUAUGAACUUAUCUGCUCUGCUCAUAAAACAUCUGACUAGUAAGAUGCAAAGGAGCUCAGAGAGCAGUGAAGACAGUCAGACUGAUACAGACUCGAAGAGCUUGAAUCUAGUAGAAGCCAAAGUAGCUAAGGGGAAAACAGAACGGUUCUUCUCUAGUGACUCAGAGGAAGAGAGGAAAGAUGCAAAAAAGGUCUGGGACCAUGUCUGCAUGGAGGAGUCCGAAGAUGUAGAAAUUGUUCACCAUCACUAUAUUAAAGCACAACAGAGAGAUACAGAAAGUACUAUCAAGCAGCACAGGCCGGAUGGGGCCUUACUGACUGUGAAGAGAGAGAAAAGUAUUGCGGCAGUUGACAGUUUUGACUCAUCAGGAGAUGAAGCUCCACUGAGAAGGGUGAAGUUUAAGAAAAGUCUAAGACGCCACACAAGUACACAGAAUUCAGCUCAAAAAACAGUUCAGUUCACAGGUUUAAAAGGCACAACCGUGCAUUCCAGAAAGCCACAAAUCAUAGAGGGGACCAGCACCGGCACCAUAGAAUCAUUGCUGGUUGGGCUUAAGGAAGUGAGCUACACCCACUCCAAUCAGAAAGUGGUCGGCUCGAGCAGGGCAGAGGACUGCCUCAGCCGUGCUGCAUUACGGGAUGUGUUUGAACUGAACAAGCACUCCCAGCUCCCAGCAAACAAUCUCAAUGACAUAUCGGAGACCCAGUCUGGAAUCCCCCAGUUAUCCGAGCCCACAAAUGGAGAGGAAGUCUAUAUGACAGAAGGUCAUGACAAAACUUGUCUGAAACAGGUCACCCACACAGUAGAAACUUGCCUCAAUACCAAAACUGCAACCAUUAGUGUUGGCAAGACGCCUUCGGCUGUCCGCAUGCAGCAGCUGCAAGAAAUGGCAAAGUUCUUCAGAGCAAAGACUGUGCAUGAGUUUGCAGAAGAGAUUAUGAAGAGCAACUCAGCACAGCGACUGAACAAGCUAUGUGAGUUCUACAGCCACAGCAGCUCUGAGUUUACUGACAUUAUUCAAAAGACCUUUCCUAAACCCGUGAUUGAGCCGAAGCCAAAAAUUUCACCUCUCCACAUCUCUACACAACGGCCCACCUCAAAAAGAACCCUCUUAAACUCAGUUCAGAGAUUGAAUAAUGAAGCAGAACCAGGAACCUCACACAAGAAGAGAAGAAGCAGGGCACAACAUGUUAAAGAUGUCCAUCAUCUCUGUGCUGGUCAGACUGAGCUUAUAAAUAACUGUUUGUCUUUGCCAGACUCAGGAGGACAUCCACUUGAGACAUCUUUUAGAAAUUCUACAGAGAUUCACGUCCAUUCCCAAAAAAACACUAAUGCAUGCAAUUCUUCCACAACUACAUCCACUACUAAAUUGCUAUCUUUCUCUAGAGAUGACCAAGCAGACAGAAACUCCAACACAACUCUUAGUGAGCUCAUAGGUGACACCUCCAUCCUAGAUGACCUAUUCAAGCGAAAGAGACAUGCGGACCGGCCAAAGCCAGCAGCGGCACCCAUUCCUUCACCCACCGUGAGGACAAAGAACAGGGGUAAAGACUUCUGGGACAUUUUAAACGAGGGGAACGAGGAAAGCAUUAAUAAGCUAACAGAUCUAUCUCAGGUAGAGAAGCUUUGCAGGAGUGUUAAUGUGCAUACAAAGUCCAAUAGUGAAAGCCAACUUGAAAGCUCUCAACUUUGGAAGAAGAAUGAGAAAUUCCUUUGGAAAUGAUAAAAGAAACUGGAAGCUUUUUUUUUCUGAAAUGUGAAAUUAUAAAUACUGGUUUACAAAAUAUACUUAAUUUUAUACAGUAUGUUUUAUUUAAGUACAUUUGCUUUUAUUUGAUUAUUGAUUAUUGCAGAACUUACUGGUUCAUAUCAGUACGUUUUAAAUGUAGUCUUAACGUUUUACCUGCUUUUCUAAAUCAUUGCUGUUGAUGUGUAGGAGAGCAGAUUUGAAUGGCAAUAUAACAAAUUCAGAGGCUUGUGACAUAAUUUCAAAAUAAAAUCAGAGACAGAAGCAGAUAUUUAGACCAUUCAAAUACAAGUGUAAUCAAAACACAUCUCAUGUCGAGCUUUAAGUUAUAGAAUGGUCAGUCUCUGAUUCUAAAGUCUAAAAGAAAGUGUUGUUUUUGCUGCUAUACACUUAACAAUACAUGCAACAUUUGUAAAGGUUUUGUUGUUGUUUUAAUGUUUUUUUUUUUAAUAUAUAUAGAUAAGUGUCAAAGGAAUAGUGUGCUUAGGGUCAUACUAUAGAUGAAUUCUCAUCUAUACAUGACUGAUGAUUAAUGAUGUAUGAAUCAAACCUCCCUCCAUAACACAACAGCCAAUGUAAAAAAGUUUAUUAAAAAUGGCUGUCUGCCAUGUGGCUCUUACAGUGUGGCGGUGGUCCAGCCUGACUGAACUCGA